AGGACGAAGAAGCGAAAAAUCUGCGUGAUUCCUAAUGGGUGACUUUGGCGAUGCCGCGUGGUGAUUGUGGCCGAGGCUUUGCUUUCUCUCUUCUGAACGAUGUGAUUUGCUCUGCGCCAUGACAGGUACACUUGCGCCACAAAGGCAGGCGCUGUGGAUUCUUUGUGUGGUUUGGAUCGCGGCCUCGGCAGGGGACCUUCCUUGUCCAAAAGGUAGCCGGAUCCACCUGGCCAGCCUGCGAUGCUAUUGGCUCUCUGAGAGGACGUCUCCGUGGGCCGAGGCUCACGCUUCAUGCCGGGAGACUCCGGGAGGCGAGCUGGCGUCCGCCGGUGGUCUCAAGCUGCUCAACUUCCUCCAUUACUCCUUUCCAGUGGAGACCCCGGUGUGGAUAUGGCUGAGGAGAGAGAGAGGGUCCGACCGGGCGGUGGGGCCGGUUCGUCCCGCGUUGGCGGCCGGACGCGGCGAGGAGCAGGGGGCGUGUCCUCAGAUGGCCCUGGGGACGCGGGGACAGUGGAGAGAGUCUCAGUGCGUUGGACGCCACCGUUUCCUCUGUGAAAAAGAACUAACUGACUCUCUACCUCCGGCGGACAGUUACCUGGCUGGAUUGGCUCUCAUGAGCGGCAUCUAUGCUCAAACCCACAUGCCCCCGUCCCCAAGCGUCCCAGACGCCGGGCAGCUCUCAGUGGAGAUGCAGCUGUUCCCGGGGAUGUGGUUCAGCCACGCAGGGCAGUUGCUGUCAGUGGAGCUGGUGGUCCGGCCCAGCCCGGCAUCCUCUCUGGCCCGGGUCCAGAUCCUCCGACCCUACUGCAACCCCGACCAACACCUGGUGCCUCCGGGAUGCAGCUCUCUCCUCAACCCGUUCAGCUGCUGCUCGGCCGUACCGCUGUGUAACACCACAGGGGGCUGCAGCGUGGGCCAGUACUGGUGCCACCUGCUGGAGGGCUGUGCGCCCCACACCAGUCCGUGCAGCCCGUACGACUCUGCAGCGGGGGCCCGCGGCUUCGCUUUGCCCCCCAGAUACCUCGCGAUGCCCCCCUUUUACCACCUGGUUGCCGACCUGCCCCUGAGAAUGAACCCGAGCUCCGAACUCAACAGUCUAAGUCUGCUCCUUCCGGAUGGAGCGAUCACGGUCUACCCUGAUGAUGUCGUUGCUAUACAGCACACUCGCGACCCGGGUACAUUCCUACAUUGCCUGAACAGUGAAGCCUCUUCAAACUCCUCCUGGCGCCAGAGUUACGUGUCCCUGAGGAGGCCAGAGUGGGGAGGCUGGUGGGAGGGGGGCCUCACCUCCCUGCCCCAGGGGGCGCAGUGGGUGGACGGGGUGGUGUGUGAUCUGAGGAUGCUGUACGUGGACAAUCUCCACACCGAUCAUGAUGGCCGCUUCGGCUCCGCCCACAAAGAGACGACGGCGGCCCCGCAGACCCGGGCCCUGGCGACUGGUCCUACCCCGACAUCCCCACUCGGCCUUCACGUCAUCCACCCCGCGCCGGAUGCAAAGAACCAGAUUCAUUUACAGGUCUACGUCCCAAAACUGAUUGUUAUCAAGGUCCUGUAUGGAGGGAAGGCCAGCAGCUCAUGGUCAGCUCCAGUUCUCCAGACCGGGGUCCCCUUCCUGCCAUCUUGCCCAGAAGAGGUGGCCCAGUCUUGGGAUGGCUGUAAGAGAGGGCCCCCGGAUGCCUGGUUCUCCUCUGCGAUCCUGGUGUUGCCCUCAGUCGGCCUUCGAACGCUCAACAUCAGUGUGACGGAUGCGCUGCGCUCUCAGACUGUGAGUGUGGGGGUUUGUGGCUACGAGGCAGUGACGGGGCUUAGUGUCGAGCCACAUGGAUGCUGGAGGGCGCUCUGCGACACUCCACAGACUUUUACAGCCAAAGUGGAGAGUGGUUCCUCAGUGAAGUUCACAUGGGUGAUCGACAACUUGGAGGAGUUUUCCCAUGAAGGACAAUCUUACAGUGUUGUGUUCAAGAAGCCAGCUGAUUAUAAGCUCCGGAGCCAACAAGUCCUCGUGACUUGUGAUGACCUCACCCCGCUGGCUGAGCCGGAGUUCCUGUUAGCCAGCGCGGUCGUAGCUGUGGACGCCGCACACGGCUACAGCGUGAGGGUCAAAGUGCACGUCUCCCUGCCAGUCAGCAUCAGGUGGGAUUUUGGGGAUGGCGGCGGCGAGGUGAUCCACCACCACUCUGCUCCGUGUCAGAGCGUAGGGGGGCUUACGAGGGGAGAUAAGCAAGUAUAUGUACAGGACUCGGUGAACUAUACCUAUCUCAUCCCAGACGACUACACGCUUCAAGUCCAAGUCUCGGACCAAAGCGACGUCACUUAUGCGUCGCUGAAGAUAAGCGUCCGGCCGCAAUUAAACCACCUCCUCCUUUCCUCUUCCGCUCCCGCCGCCCUCGUCGGACAAACUCUCUUUCUGGAGGCCUCCGCAGAGCCCUCCCCCUUCGCUGCUCUCUACACGUGGGACUUCGCCGACGGCUCCGGAGCCGUCCAAGGCACCCACCGUAGGGUCGGCCACGCUUUCGCAUCUGCGGGAGCAUACAACGUCACGGUGUGCGCCAACAACACCCUUACCGCCAUGACCACCUGGCUCAAGGUGGAAGUGGUGGAGGAAAUCUCUGGAUUAACACUGGGCAGCGACGGACCCGUUGAGCUGGGCUCUGCAGCAGAUUUCCGAGCGACAGCGGCCACCGGUACGAGUCUCGUGUGGAAAUUUGACUUUGGUGAUGGGUCCGUACAGGGAAACCGUACAGAGGGUACCAUCUCCCACGUCUACAAAUUGCCGGGGAACUAUACAGCACAUGUCACUGUCUCCAAUUGUCUCAGCCAAGCUCAUCAGUCCGUUGGUGUGGAAGUCUACAGAUUGACAGUCUGUGGAGUUCUGCCUGCAGAAUGCGUCACGCGCGGAAGAGACGCACAGCUUAGCGCCUGUGUGAAUGGCAACGUAUCCGAUCUGACUUUCCAUUGGACGUUUGGAGAUGGAUCCCCGCCCACCGUAGUGACGGGACGGUCGACGGCCACGCACACAUUUCAAAGCCAAGGGAUUUCUCAAAUCAGCCUGACUGUGUUUAGCUCUGUUGCAUCUGUGUCUUUUAAUUCAACUAUCUGUGUUGAAGUGCCAAUAACCAACGUGACAGUGCUGCCGUCACAGGAAGUGGUAGCAUCAGGAGGAGAGGCAUGCUUCAGGGUGUUAGUCUCACCUGUACACAUGAACGCUUACCACUUUCAAUGGUUUAGCAGCACAUCAAGCGUCAUUGCCAAAGCAGAAGGCGCUCAAAAGUGUUUUAUCUUUGACGACGAAGGUGUUGAGGAAGUGUCGGUACUAGUAAGUAACAAAGUCAGUAACAAAACCGCCAGGGCCUUUGUGACCGUUCUAAACCCCGUGAGCAAGCUGUCAGUGGCGCAUGACAGUGAAAGUGGCACGCUGACAGCAAAUACAGUGGUGUCAUUUUGGGUUUCCACUUGCACUGGCAGUAAUGUGUCCGUACUGUGGGACUUUGGAGACGGAUCCCCGGCAGAACGCGGGCUAAAUGUCUCACACGCCUUUACAUUGGCGGGUCAGUUUAGAGUCACUGCCACAGCUUUUAAUGCCAUUAGUCGUGAUUUUGUAACACUUAAUGUCAGCGUUUUACUUCCUAUUUCAGACAUUUCCCUUUACACCAACAAGCCGUAUGCUGUUGCGGGAGAAGAAAUCAUUAUCUCAGCAGUUAGCAGUGCCAUCAGUAGCACAAACUACUACUGGACUGUUGACGGUAUAACCUCGACGAAACAGGGGACUUAUCAAUUUAGAUUUGUUUUCCGGAAACCAGGGGUUUAUCAAGUGAGGGUUAUUGCACAGAACCUGGUCAGUAGAAAGGAAGCAGCUGUUUUGAUUGAGGUCUUCAUAAGAAUAGAAGGUCUUCAGAUCAAAUGUCAGAGUCUAACGAACAUGAAAUACAUACCAACCCAAGAGGAACUGCUCUUCACUGCUUCCAUCGCCAAGGGCUCCAAUGUCACUUAUCACUGGUUUGCUACACUGAGCGGAGUAAACCAACAGAUCUCUGGGGAUGGAGAGCUUUUCCAUAUGUCCGCUGAAACUCCUGGUGGGAUUUCAGUUCAGCUGAGAGCUUGCAACAAGUUGGGGGAGGCCACAAGCAUUGCUUCUUUAGUGGCCGUACAGCCUGUAACAGGCGCACACGUUACAGCACAAUCAAACAUCGUGGCAUUAGGGAAAUUAGUGAAUAUAUCUGUAGCCGUGGUUACCGGUUCAGACCUACAAUACCAUUGGUACGUGAAAUCUGAUCUUCCACCCCUGCAGACCCAGGCGCCCUUUCUACUCCACACUUUUGCAAGUGUUGGUCGUUGUCUUUUUAAAGUUUCGGUUCACAAUGCCCUCGGUUGCGUCAAUGUCACCAAAGAGUUUAAUGUGCAAGAGGAGGUCCAAGAGGUGGACUUUGAAAUUGAAGGAAAGGCUCAUCCCUUUUAUGUCCCCACAAGUGCUGCCGUUCAACUCCGCGGGCUCACACAGAAAGGUAGUGAUUUGCACUGGAACUGGAAAAUUAGAGCUGCUACACUCUUUAAUGCUUCUAAUCAAGUCUUUAGCUAUACGUUUCCAUGUGAAGGCAUCUUUCAGCUGUCUUUGAAUGUCUCCAAUGGUAUAAAUUGGCAGACGGUUUCACACAGUGUCUCGGUGGAGGAUCCGAUCGAAGGACUAACGCUGAGAGUUUCUGAGUCUUCUUUCUGCACCGAAGAAGAAGUGACUUUUAUUCCAACAAUCUCCAAAGGAAGCAAUGUGAGCUUUGCCAUAACAUUUACAAACGACUGGAUCCAUAGUCAGGGCGUUCUUGGAGGUAGGUUCACCACGUCGAGCCUUCCAGCAGGGACGCAUGUAGCUACGGUCAAAGGUUGGAACCACAUCAGUAGUGCGCAGGUAUCAUCCAGCAUUCUGGUGACUGAGCAUAUUCAAGGUCUGCGACUUGUGAACUCUUGUUCUGAUCCUCUAGAGGCUCAGAAAGGAUUCCAGUUCAAGGCAGAGGUUGAAAGUGGUUUUCCGGUCAACUACACCUGGAUAUUUCACUUGACUGGGUCUAACCCCGCCUGGCUCACAGGACAAAAAGUGAUCUUUACACCACCACAGAGUGGUGUAUUGUCUUUCAGCGUGCUGGCAACCAAUGGAAUCUGCUCAAAGACUUUAAAUAGUACUGCCACAGUCCAGUGGCCUGUUAAGGAGGUCAAACUCGUCUGCCAUUCAGAAAGAAUAUUUGUUAGACAUGCUGUCAGGUUUACUGCAAAAGUGAUUGGAGGUAACAGUCCCAGGUACCUCUGGUCUUUUGGAGACUCCGUUGAAGCAUUGGUGACCGACUUGAGCACGGUCAGUCAUACUUAUUAUAGUCCGGAGAAAUACAGUGUUACGGUCGAAGUUCUGAACAGUGUCAGCAAUGUGUCCGCGCAAAUACACAUAGAUGUGGAGGAGCUCAAGUGUCCAAGCCCUGAAGCUUCCAUAGUUCAGAGCCAGUCUACUAUCUUCAGCUCCAGACAGAAUUUCUUUGAGGCAAGCGUGGACAUAAACUGCUCCGCCUACAAAGCCACAUACCUAUGGGAGAUAGUCAAAGGGUCGGAUUGCACUAGUUUAGACUCCCCUGUUAACAGAGUGGCUCUUAGAAGUCAGGUAGAUGCAACCUCCCCUUUUCUCUUCCUCCCGAAGCAUACUCUGGGUAUGGGACAGUAUUGUCUGGUAUUCACAGUUGCACUUCAGGGAACUCCUCUAGUUGUCAGACGAAAAACCAGCGUCGCAGUGGUCCACUCAAUGCUCGUAGCUGUAAUUAAGGGAGGAGCACACAGAAUGUGGCCCAGCCUCAGUGACCUCAUCCUGGAAGGAUCUGAUUCCCAAGACCCUGAUGUGGAGCCUGGGGUGGAAGACACAUUGCAGUACCACUGGACCUUCAUGACAGCAAACUCCACGGGUUCUGAUUUGGUGAAGCAACCCAUUGGGAGUAACAGCAGCAGAAUGACUGUACUGAGCACUCAGCUACAACCAGGCACCAGCUAUGUUUUCACCCUCACUGUACACAAGGCAGGGAGGAAGCCUGCCUUUGUCAAUCAGACGGUUACUGUGUGUGAAGACCCAGUGCUUCCUGUGAUUGUGGAGUGUGUGUCCUGCGCUGUCCUGUCCUCCCAUCACUACAUUAAUUACAACAGCCCCAUUAUUCUGUCUGGUCAAUGUGCACAGUGUGAUGACCAGACUCAGUUCAAAUGGCGUGCAGAGGACCAGACUGGCAUGACCCUUGACCUUAACGAGGCGUCCACCUCUACAGGGAGACAUUCUCCUAACUUGGUGGUGCGUUCGGGUGUCCUGCAGGCAGGCCAGACUUAUACCUUCACUCUCAAUGCGUCCCAGCCUGGCACAGAGCUGUGGGGCAGCGGCAGCCUGACGAUACGACCCCACUAUCCACCACAAGGAGGCCUGUGUGAUCUCAGUCCAGAGUCAGAUAUACGUCUGCUGGAGACAGUGGUCACCUACAGCUGCUCAGGGUGGCGAGGGAGAGGAGCCGGGGCCUCUCAGCUGAUCUAUACCUUCCAAGCAGCACCAUGCAGGUCCACUGGCACCCCGUGCCCCCUGCUCACUUUAUACAGGGGUACUCGUUCAACAUUUGGCAGUCUGGUUCCAAUGGGAAGCCCCGGGCGAGAACGAAAUGAGUCAGUGAUCACCGUUACACUGCUAAUAGAGGACUACCUGGGGGCAAAGGUCAUUGCUCUAAACAGGAAGUUGACGGUUAAAACUCCUCAAAGGGACGAAGUUGCCAGUCGGCGGCUGAGGAACAAGAGCCGGACUCAGCUGUGGGCUUUGGUCCAACAUGGCAACCCUCAGGAGAUCAUCCCUUAUUCCAUUGCCCUCACCAGCCAGCUCAAUCAGAUGGAGUCCGGACGGACUGCCUCGGAGCUCAUGGACAGAAGGGAGAUGCGAGAAAACGUGACUCAAGCCCUGGCCUCCCUCCCAGUGACCUCCUUGCUGAACGUUGAUCAAAUCAGCUCUGCGUUGUCACAGUCUACUGCAGUUCCCAGUGAACUGAUAUGUGAAAAGAGCCAGCAGAAGGUUCUGGAAGCUGUGGGGAAGAUGAUCCAUGUCAUGGAGGAGCAGAUGAGUCCUGGUGUUUUCUCAGCUCUGGAAACUGGGAGGAACAUUCUCAGCAUCAUAGGUGGCACCCUGGCGGCUGUGUCCCAGUCUGCCAGUGCUUCCAGGUCUCCCCCAGCAUCCGGCGGUCUGCAGUCGGCUCCCAAGAUCACCCUGACGGCGCUGGGUCACGCCAGGGCCCUAAUGCGCUCUCUGGUGCAUUUGCAUGUUCAUGGCAAGGCCCCCCUUUCGCUUUCCACUGCUUAUAUCAACGCGGUGGGUUUCCAUGGCGACCCCUCCGACCUCCUCUGCAUGCAAAGGUCCGACCAAAACCACAUUAUCCCCUUUCAGUCAUCAGCAAAUGGCGGAUCGACGACUCCUCGCCCGUGUGAGUUCCAAAUCCCCGCCUCCCUCACCGAUCACCUGAAGGGUCAGAAGACCGAGGUGGUGCAAGUGCUGUUUGGUGUGGGUGCAGAGUUGGGAUCCAGCUCGUUACUGGCUGCGGCCGAGCCCCCGAUUUCCACCGCUCUGCUUGGCAUGGAGCUCACCACCCCUCAGGGCCAACUCAUACCCAUCCAGGACCUGGAACCCAAACAGGCCAUUCGGGUCACCCUGCCCAACAAAUACCCUUUGGGACAUGGCGAUAGGCGGGGGGAUGGGAGGGUGGGUGAAGCCGGGAAUGGGACGUGUCUUACUGUGGCCCUACCAAACAGAGGGAGUUUGAACCUCACAGUCAAAGCUGUGGAUGGACUCCAUGAAAAUGCAGGUCUUUAUAUUUCCUUCAACUUCAGUCUGGAACCAGGAGCUACUCCAGUGAGUCUGGGACAUGUAAAGAUAGAAGUGAGCUCUACAGUGCCGGGGACCAAUGGCUCCCAGGAUCCCCUGGUCAGAGUGUGGCCUCUCACUCUCUCUGCUCCAACCACUUCCUCGGAGGAAACCAUAUUCCUCUCCCCACUUUUGGACGGAACAGGCGAGACCCUUUCUGUCAACCUGACCUCGUCUCUGGGCGGCGGCGGCGGCCCGGCGCGCGCGGCGGUGUGUGUGUUCAGCUCGCUGUGCCGCUACUACAGCGUGGAGGAGAGGCGCUGGAGCAGCCGGGGUCUGCAGCCCCUGGAGGGCAGCACGCUCCACUCGGCACACUGUCUCACCCGGCACCUCACCAUGUUUGGGGCCAGCCUAUUCGUUCGUCCCGGGGCUGUUGUUCUGCUGCCUCCACCAGGCGGUCCCAUGCGUAACAUGGUGGUGGGGAUUGUGUGUGCUGUCCUGGUGCUGAUUCACGUGCUGGUGGGGCUCAUCGCCCAUAAACUGGACCACUUGGACAGCUUGAGACUCAGCCAGGUCCCUCUGUGUGGGCGACCGGGGCUGUACCGGUACAGAGUACUGGUCAAGACCGGCUGGAGGCGGGGAGCAGGCACCACAGCACAUGUUGGCAUCAGCCUGUACGGUGUGAACAAGAGCGGCUCUCGCCAUCUGCAGAGGCAUGGAGCUUUUCAGCGUGGCAGCCUGGACCAGUUUCACCUGGAGACAGACAACAACCUGGGAGAAGUUUGGAAAAUUCGGGUCUGGCAUGAUAACACAGGUCUGGAGCCAUCGUGGUACGUUAAGCACGUUGUGGUUUGGGACCUUCAGACAGACCACAUGUUCUUCUUCCUGCUGGAGGACUGGCUCUCUGUGGAGAAUCAGAAGAACGGCUCGAUGGAGAAAGAAGUUCUGGCCUCAUGUCCCGAGGAGCUUUCUCAGUUUCGACGGGUCUUCACCUCCCAGCUGGCGUUCGGGAUGGUCGAGCACCACCUGUGGCUGUCGCUAUGGGAACGCCCCGCCCACAGCCGUUUCAGCCGGGGUCAGAGGGUGACAUGCAGCGCGCUAGUGCUGCACCUCUACCUGGCACUGGGGGCUCUGUGGUACGGGGCUGUUGGCACAGAGGGGCACAGUGGGCCGGUGUCAGCCCGCCUGCUGGUUGAUGUGGAGGCGGUUGCCGUGGGGAUGACUGUCGCCGUGCUAGUGUUUCCUCUCCAGUGUUUCCUCUGUUUCCUGUUUAGAAAAACUCACAGUCCGGUAACCGUGGACACCUCAGCUCCUCCCUCCCCCGUCUGUCACUCUGUGGAGAUGGACGUGUAUCUCGGCCAAUCGCCGCUCUCCGCAUCCUCCUUCCUGUCUCUGUCAGACUCCUCAGGCCGGGUGCGAGACAGCCCUUCAUCUUUACUGGAGAGCAAGGCACUUGACUCCAGUAUUCUGGACUUUUGGGCUGCGUCCGGCUUAGCGCCUCGGGCGGAUGGAGCCCGUCGAGAGGUGGGAAUGGACACAUGGCCGUCCUGCGACAGCCUCCUCAACCUCCCAGCGGACCCAGGCCUCACCACGACGACCCCCGCCCACAACCUCUGCAAGGCUUCCCCUGUUCUGGGUCCUGCACGCCAGCUGAGGAGGAAAAAGGCCCUGAUGCAGCUCCAGCUGGCCUCGCCCUCCUCCCCUGGCACGCCUGCUGCUCUUUCGCGCAGAUAUUCCCUUUCAAAAGAAAUUUCCAGUUCCAACAAUCUCACUACGUUUCUGACUUUGUCCGAGGAGGAUCUACUGAUGUCUAUAGCGGCGGAGAACACGGCAGAUACAACAAACAGCAACUCAGACAGCGGCUGGGAUUCCCCCAGAGCCACCUCCUUGCUCUCUAGCACCCGCAGUACCUCCUGCAGCAGCUGGUCAGAGCAGAGUGAGGACAAGUACGGUGCAGAGGUCUACAAGCCGGGUCCACAGUCCUGUCCCGGCCUGCAUGGCGCAGGACUCUACAAGUGUCCCUCUGUGCUAUCCAUAGACUCCGUGGCCAGCACCUUCCUGCCGAGCCCUUCCCCUGAAUCCACGCGCUCCUCCUUCACCACGCGCAUAGGGGUGGCCCGGGCUCAGCCCAGUUGGCUGCUCCCUCCCUGGGCCCUGCGUGUGAUUUACCCCCUGGUGGCCCUGCUGCUGGGAGCGUGCCUGGCUGUGGUCGGACUCUACGGGAGCUUCUGGUCCAGAACAGUGGUGCUCAUGUGGCUCGUGUCUGCUCUCUCUGCCUUUCUGGCCUCAGCUCUGCUACUUGAACCCCUCAAGGUGUGUGUGCAGGCGUUGGUCCACACAGCACUGCGGAGGCCCGUGGACCCGGAGGUGGAGGAGCAGCUGGCCCAGGAGGGCACUGUGGUGAGGGCGUUUGGUGAGCCGGGGGGGAAGGUCCGGCCGCCGUGUGGCUACGGGCUGCUGCAGGCCAAAGUGGAGGCCCGCAAGGUCCGAGCUCUGGGAUCACUCAUGAGGCACUGCGUGUGCCAGCUGUUCUUCCUGUUGCUGGUGCUGAUGGUGAACUACCAGGACGGCGCAGAGCAGAGGCAGGGCAGGCUGUUGCACUCCGCCGUCAGACGCCGUCUGUACACGGCGCCCUCGGGGGUCCCUAACCUCACCUCCCUCAGAGGCUGGUCAGACGCAGAGCAGUGGAUCAACCACACCUUGGUGGAGCACUUGCACCAAAACCCUACACUGCGCCUCGUUGGAUCGCCCCGGCUGCAGUUCACACGUCUCCUCAUUCCCAUGCAAAGUGUCUUCCUGGGAAACAGCAGUGCAGCAACACGACAGCUCCUGGCUGACUUGCACAUGGCUGACCGGGGCAAGAAACAGUUUAAAACCCUUUCAAUGCACUUCACACACUACCACAGAGAGUCUGGCUUGUUUGUGUGCGUGUCCAUGGAACUAGAGUGGGCUCAGUCCCAGGGAGUCAUCCCCUUUCUCUCCAUCCUUCCGCUCCACAUCCCUUCAUCCCUCUCUGGACUGGACCUGCAGGUGGCCCUCACGGUUCUCCUUCUCAUCUCUGCUCUCCUCAUCCUGUGUGGAGAGCUUUGGUCCAUGGCCACUAAGCAUGCCCAGUAUCUUCCUCGGUGCAGACACUGGUCCCAGCUUCUCCUGGCCUUGUUGUCGCUGGCAACGGCAAUCAUGCAGCUCUGCUCCUUGUCCCAGGCCACCUGCUGUGUUUCCAAGCUUCGAUCCCAACCGGACAGCUUCAUCGACUUCCACGCUGCCGCCCUCCUGGCGCAGCGCUGUUCCCAGUGCGCCGCUGUCCUGCUCACCCUCCUCGUUCUAAAGGUAAGCUCCCUCAUCCUUACACAUCUCCACACUGCUGCUGGGAACGUUGAGGUUUGCGCGGAGGUCGGUGGUGUUGGCCAGAGUGCUGCAGAGGGCCUGGAGGGAGUUGUGGGCCCUGAGCGCCCUGCUGCUGUUGCUGCUGCUGUCCGGCACUCACCUCGGGAACGUGUGGAGGGCUUCCUGUCCCCGUGUCAGACUGGGCUGUCAGUGCUGUCCAUCCCGCGUGGCCGAAUGGCUCUCCAAAGACUGUGCAGGCUCCACCCAGUCCUGGGCCCCAUCUAUGGGCUGCUACUGAAGGGGGGAAGUGUUUGGCUCUUAGCCAGACUCUGGGGAGCUGUUCUCAUCCGUGCAUACAGGGAAGAGCAGGCUGAGCUGUACUCUCCAACGAGUGAACCUCAGGACUAUGAGAUGGUGGAAUUCUUCAUUAAGAGGCUCAAACUGUGGAUGGGACUCACCAAAGCCAAAGAGUUCAGGCACCGGGUGAAGUUCGAAGGUAUAGACGUCCCUCCUUCCAGGUCUUCACGAGAGUCCCACCUCUCCACUCUGUCUUCCACCCUGCCUUCUUCCAGUUCCCCUUUCCUGUCCUCCUCAUUCUCGUCCCCCCGUCCCCUGUCCUCGUCUCUCUCUGCGAGGUCUGACGACUCGUCAGUGUCCGAGGGCGGGUUCGACGUCCGGCCCCACCUGGACCGCCUGCUGCCCUGCGUCAGUGCACUGCUCUCUCGUUUUGACCAGGUCAAUCAGGUGAUGGAGGACGUUCACAACCUGGAAAUGAAACUAGAAGAGGCGCAGACCAGCAGGAGGAAGAAGUGGGUCAGUAGCAAGGACAAAGUGGGAGAAAUGUUGGGACAACCAGACAGGCCAGAGGAACUGAGGGAAGAAGGACGCGAAACGGGAGAAGUUAGACGCAGGAAGAAAAGCGCCUUUCACCCCAAGCCGCGGAUCUCCCUUCCAUCCUGCUUCGGCCCCUCCACGGCCCACUGCUCUGCUGCCCCGGUCUGCAGGAAUACCCGCACACGUAGCACCUACUCUGAGUCCGAAUUGGUGCCAUUCAAGCCUUACGCCGCCAGCAACGACCCUGCUUCUGAAGCAGCCAAGCUUGCAUCUGGAAUCUCUGGUCCGUAUCUGGACGAUUCUUCUGCAGACAGCGGGUUCCCUCGCAGGAGAGCGUGGCAUUCUGGGAGCUCUCAUUCAGCUGACGUAGCCCAGCGGAUCCUCCGUGCACGCGGUGAAGUUGUUCCAUGUGACAACAGAGGAGACUGUUUCGCAUUCAAUGACAGCAGACCCAGAAGCGAAGAAGGGGCAAGACAGCAUCUCAGUGAUGGAGUCCCCGUAAAGAGGAAGGCGUGGACUGAGCAAGGCUGACUUUGGGUUUGGACAGGGAGAAGACUGACGGGAUCUACAGUAUUUUCUGCUUCUCUGGAGCUGCAUGAUUAAAAUCUGGUUGGAUGUGUUCAUUUUGUUCGCUAGCAUGGGCCAUGCAGGAAAGGGUUAAAGGGCCUCUCAUGUGGCACACAAGUAUGAAUUCAUGAGAAGAAGCGUUCAGCCCGCUGAAGAUACUUGAGUUGUGGUUCUGAAAGAUUUUGGUUAGUUUUUUGAAAGAAACCCGCAAGACGCAAUUAUUUUGGCCAAAAAGCCUGAUGACCUUAGACUGGAGAAGAGAGACAGGCAGAUCUUUAUACUGCGAUGAAGGAAUAAUAAUAAUAAUGAAUGUACUGUUUGUAAAAAAUGUAAUCUUACUUUAGGAAAGUUGACACAUAACUGUGUUCCUUACUUCAUUUCAUAUCUGUAAAUGUGGUUGUAUGUUGUUACAUGUUUGUAUGAGACUGGAUGGUUUUACUCUGCAGACAAUUAAAGAAAAGU